AUGUCAGGAAGACUCUAUCCAUAACAACAUUAGAUACAAAUGCUUUAAUAGAGGAAGCUCUAAGUGAGUACUAUGUAUAUCAAGACAUAUAAAACCUAAUUAAUUCAUUAUUUUCAAGUAAAUCAGUGCCCAAUAUUUAUAGAAUAAUUAGAAUAAUCCAAUAGUUACUUUGUUUAAUAACAAAAUUAUUUUAUAAUUAAAUUCAUCAAGUGGAAUUCAUCAAUAUUUGAAAAAUUAAAAUAAACAUAAUUGUCAAUUAUCAGAUAAAUUAAUUUGAAAAAGAUAUUGCAUUAGGAACGCUCGUAUUGUGGCUUAACAAUUAGAGAAUUAAGUUAAAUAUUAAAAUUAUAAAUAAGAAUUCAUCAAUGA